AUGGUUGCAAUGAUUCGGCAGCAGCGUCUAGACGGCCGUGUUGGUAACGAACUGCGGCCUUUUGCCUGCGAACAAGGCGCACUCUUUCGUGCCGAUGGAUCUGCACGUAUGUCUCAUGGUAGUAGCACUGUACUAGCGGCAGUGCACGGUCCUGGCCAAGCACGCAACUGGCGAAACGAGAAGACGGACAAGGCGACGCUAGAUGUAUGUUUUAAGCUAGAAAAGGGCAUUAUAACGUCCAAGGAGAAAGAGUACGAGCUGAUCAUCCGUGAGACCUUUACGCCCAUUGUGCUCACAGACAACUUCCCUCGCGCAGUUAUCAGUAUCGUGAUCCAAGUUAUCGAAGACAAUGGCUCUCUUCUUGCAGUGGCGAUUAAUGCGGUAAGCUUGGCGCUGAUGGAUGCUGGAAUACCCAUGAGUUCGCUUGUUACGGCAGCUUCUUGCGGGAUUUUUGCCGACGGCAAUUUGUACUUGGACCCUUCAUCUGUCGAAGAAGAGGAAGCCGUUUCAUGGGUCACGACUUCGCGAUCCAGCACAAGUGAUGGCGUUCUAACUUGCAUUACGAAUGGCAUGCUGUCAGAAGAGCAAUAUUUUGCAUGUUCAGAGGCAUGUCAGAGGGCAUCGGAGAAUGUAGCCGCUUUCUUCCGCAUUGUGCAACAGAAAAAGCAUCCAGUCGAGUCUAUCAUUUAG